ACUUGGAGGUGGACAGUCUGAUGUUGCAGAAAUCAAAAGUCAUCCAUUUUUUGCUUCCAUCAAUUGGGAUGACCUUCUAGCAAAAAAGAUCCCUCCUCCAUGGAAGCCAGAUGUGGUCGAUGAUUGGGAUACCAAGUACAUCCCUGAAGAGUUUGCCCAGGAGCCGCUCCACUGCACCCCAGGCUCCCACCUUGUUGGCAGCAGGCUAGACACGAUAUCUGAGGAUGGCCACCUGCCUUAUUUUGAUCAGUUUUCCUACCAGGGCAGCAAGAACAGCUUUGGCUGCUCCAGUUACCUCAGCACUUCAGCAGCUGCCCAAGCCCCCGAAAUGUUUUAA